UACAAUAUAUUCUGAGAAUUAAUAUUUUGAGAAAUUGGUCCAUUACAUUAAACUGAUUAUGUAUUUCAUACAUUGCGUAAUGUGAUAUCAGUAAUCUUAUACGGACUGAAAGAGGCGAAAAAUUAUAUAGUUGUUAACUGUACUUUCUACAUGUACAUACCGAAAAAAUGAAAAAAUUUGUGUCGAAAGAUAAAGUGCACGAUCCAUGGAUUGAUGACGAAUGUGAUAAUAUCGCAGAUAAUUUUCGGUCUAUAGAUACUAAACGCGAAAUGAUUGAUUUAAGAAAAAAGCUACAAGAUAUAAUCAACACAGAUGCUAUAUUUUGUAGUUUUGAGAUGAUGCCUGUAAGAAGUAAGGAUCUUUUGCAAAGCUCUCUUAAAGAAAUGAAUAAGAACCAUCCACUUUUUUAUGCAUUAACAUGGCAUAAAAAUGAUAUGAAAGACUAUUUGUCUUUAGAUAUAUUUAAUAUACUCCCAAAUAACACGCUCCUUCAUCUUAUAGCUAAAGAUUUAACUUCCACUGAUGUAAAAAUUAUAUUAAAGGAAGCAUUAAAACAUGGCAUAUGUAAUAUUUUUGUGUUAAGGGGUGAUUCAACAAAGUCAAAUAGUGAAUUUUCACAUGCAAUUGACUUAGUACGUUUUAUAAGGAAUCAAUUUGGUAAUAUAUUUUGUAUAUGCGUUGCUGGUUAUCCAGAAAUGCAUCCAGAAUCAUCGUCUAAAGAAAUGGAUUUGAUUCAUUUGAAAGAAAAAGUUGAUGCUGGUGCAAAUUUUAUUAUGACGCAAAUUGUCUUUGAAGCAAGUAUUUUUAUUGAAUUUGUGAAUGAUUGUAAAAACAUUGGAAUUAAUAUUCCAAUUAUCCCAGGUAUUUUUCCAAUUUUGAAUUAUACAUGUCUCCAAAAAAUGGCCAGAAUUUGUAAUAUCAAAAUACCUACAAUUAUUUUAAAUACUUUGGAAUGUAUAAAAGACAAUGAUGAAGAAGUACACAAUUAUGCAGUAGAAAUAGCUACAAAUAUUAUAAAAAAAAUUAUUGCAAGUAAAACUACUUGUGGAUUCCAUUUCUUCACAUUAAAUAAACCAUCAUUAUCAUUGGAGAUAUGUGAUAAACUUAAUAUCUUUCACUAAUUUUGCUUGAAAAUGGAAGAAGUUUGAACAACUAAAUAAUUCUAUUACUAAGAUAAAUAAUAGUAAAUAUGGGAGUCUGCAUAUGAUCUAAACAAAUAUAUCGGUUUAAAUGUAUUCAUAUUACGCGCCAAAUUUUUCAUUAAUUACCAAUUCUCGAAACUCUCUAUACUGAAAC